AUGAAUGCAUCUGGAGGAAGCUGUGGGAGCCCUAGUUCUGCAGAACCUACUGGAGAUUUCUUCAAGGAAUUGUGGUCCAAGCUGAAAGAAUGUCAUGAUAAAGAAGUACAAGGCUUACAACUGAAAAUAUCUAAGUUGAAAAAGGAAAGAUGCAUGGAUGCAGAGAGGCUUGAAGAGUUUUAUACCAAGAACCAGCAGCUCAGAGAACAGCAAAAAGCACUUCAUGACACUAUCCAGGUUUUAGAAGACAGAUUAAGAGCGGGAUUAUGUGAUCGCUGUGCUGUAACUGAAGAACACAUGAGAAAGAAGCAGCAAGAGUUUGAAAAUAUCCGGCAGCAGAAUCUUAAACUUAUCACUGAGCUUAUGAAUGAAAAAAACAACUUACAGGAUGAAAAUAAAAAGAUAACUGAGCAGUUCCAGCAAUUACAGAAGGAGUUGGAGGAGCGAAAGCAGCAAACGGUGGAAUUAGAAGAAGGAGUCAUUCCAGAUUCUCCAGUUCCGACUUCUUCAUUUUCUGUGGUUAAUCGUAUGAGAAGAAAAAAAGAGAAUAGGCAUAUUCGAUACACAGAACAUACACACCCAGAUUUGGAACUUGCAGAAAGCAACAGUGAGUUUGGAAAAAUUCCGCUGUAUUCCACACAAGUGAACAGUCACCACGGAGAAGAGAUACUAGUGGCAGACACCUGUGAUCCACAACUGUCCCCUGUACCAAAUAAACCAAGGAUGGGAGGCUAUCCUGUUCCAAAGCCAUCUUUUAACUUGGCUGCAGUUGUGGCAGAAACAAUUGGACUUGCUGUUCAAGAGGAAUCUGAGUCCCAGAGUGUACUGAGUCCUCCCCACACUAAUACUGUUGUGAGCCAGGCCCCAGAGAGCAUGCAGUCUGCAGACUCAAGAAAACAUCCAGCUUCUGAAUCAAGAAAUGAUGACAUCAAUUUGGGUCUUUCAGAUCCAUCUCAGAACACUCCACCACAUGUUGACUGGGAUUCUCAGGUAGUCUCUCCUGUUUUUGGAGCUUCUAGCAGUGUGAAGAACAACUCAAGUACAAGUCAUGCCUCUUGUAUUUUAGAUUCAGGAUUGAAGCCUAAUUUCAAAACCAACCUCUUCAAUAACCCUUCCAGUUCCAGAUCUCAUAAAAGUAGAUCAAAAUCUGAAGAUGUUGCUUUUGUUGCACCACUGAAUCUUGGAACUGAAAUCAACUCAGUUAUCAGCCGGGCCUCUAUCAAUAGGCAAAUGAUUGUGAAAAAGAAUACUAAUGAGGCUGUAACCUGUGUAGGAAACACUUGCGCAGCUAAAAAUGAGAUGAUCAAGAGCGAUUUCCUUCUUGUACACCAGAGGCAGCUAGAAAGCAGGUGUGCUAAGAGAAAGAAAGCUGAAGAUGAGCAUGCAAUUAGCUGUGAAAAAACAUCUUUCAACAAAGAGAACUCUAUGCCCUUUCGAUCAGAUGUUCAGCAUAUUAAUGGGGAACAUACAGUUGAUAAGCCCUUGGAUCUGUCUGAUCGCUUCUCUGCAGUUCGUUGUCACGAGAAAAAACAAGGAAGUGAGGAGACCUGUAAAAAUAGACUGAAACAGGUGACUCUGCAUGACAUUUUUUCACAGCUAGGGAAACCCAUUCCUGAAGGUUCAUCAUCCAUUCAAAAUGCCAACAAUGAGAGCUGUUUGUUUGGCAGAGAUUUAGAAGAGGAAUCCUGUGUACAAGAGGCAAUGCUGGGAAAAACAUUCCCAGAUAAGAAAAAACAGAUCCAAAUGAAAGAAGAAGUUCCUCCCUUCAAAAUUGCACCACUGCCAAGUUCUCCAGAGACAGAGCAACUUUUUGAUGACGUGAAGGUUGCCAGUGGCCAUGUACCAAAUAGAAAGAAAGCAAGGACAGGACAUGGAGAGUCUGAACCAGCAUCUGUACUUCAACCAAACCCUUGUAGACUAUCAAAAAAUAAAGCACUGCAAAAUGAGCAAGACCUGAAAGAUAAACUUUCUUUAGAAAACCUCCAGUGGAGCAUAGACCCAGGAGCUGACCUUUCACAGUACAAAAUGGACAUUACUGUGAUUGAUACAAAGGGUGGUUCUCAGUCAAGAGUCGGAGGGGAAGUUGUUGAUAUGGAUUUUACAUAUGUUAGUGAAAGUGUGCUAUUAAAAAUGAAAAAUCAAGAACAAAACCAGGAAAGCAGUCCAAGAGGAGAAAAAAAAAUGAAUGAUACCUUAACAGAAAUGUUUGACCGGACAACCCAUGAAGAAUAUGAAUCCUGCCUACCGGAAGAUAGUCCUUCUGCAUGUGAUGAAAAAGAAACUCUUCAUGAUGAAGAGCAGGAUAAGGGAACAACAGCAGCAAGCAAGAAACUAAAGAAACAUGAGGAUAAACAAGAUAAAGCCAAGCAGAAAGCUUUUGUGGAGCCAUAUUUCAAAAGUGAUGAAAGAAAGAAUGCUGUGUUAGAUUUUCCUCAUAUUGAGGUUAUUCGAAAAAAAGAAGAAAGAAGAAAAUUGCCUGGCCAUACUUGUAAGGAAUGUGAAAUAUAUUAUGCAGACAUUCCAGAAGACGAGAGAGAAAAGAAACUGGCUUCCUGUUCAAGACACAGAUUUCGUUACAUUCCUCCAAAUACUCCUGAAAAUUUCUGGGAGGUUGGAUUUCCUUCCACCCAAACUUGUGUGGAAAGAGGAUAUAUUAAAGAGGAUCUUGCUCCCUGUCAGCGCCCAAAAAGACGGCAGCCUUAUGCUGUAAUGUUUUCUCCAAAAGGCAAAGAGCAGAAGACAUAAAGGACGGGGA